UUAUUAGUUGGAGCUCCUAAACGAGGCGGCCCUCUCCUCGUGCGCGUGGGUGCGGCAGCAAUACAAGGUGCGGGAGCAGGCGGCGGCGGCGGCGAGGGUUUCGCUGCUCCCACAGCGCACGCAGCGGCGACGCGAUCGCAGCUCGUCGCAGCCGGAUCGAGAAGGAGGGGGUGGAGGCGGCGCCUGUGGCGGCGACGGGAGCGCCAUGAAGGGCGGCGGAGGGAGGCAGCCCUACGCGGCGGCGGACGGGGCGGACGGGGCGGUGAUCCCGGCGGCCUCGAGGAAGAUGGUGCAGAGCCUCAAGGGGAUCCUGGCCGACCGCUCCGAGGCCGAGAUCUACGCCACGCUCUGCGACUGCGGCAUGGACCCCGACGUCGCCGUCGAGAGGCUCAUCUCCCAAGAUACUUUUCAUGAAGUGAAAAGAAAGCGAGACAAGAAAAAGGAGACCAAAGCUUCUCAGGAAACAAGGCCUCGACCAUUCCAUAAGUCUUUAUACCGAGGGUAUAAGGCUAGUUCAGAUCGAAGUGGGCGUUUUCAAGCUGGAUUAGGAGCAGACUCGACGGUUGGUGGUAAAGGCUCUGUCAAGAAAGAAGCAGAAUUCCAUGCUCCACCAAACUCAUCAGUCUUGGAUGUCAAGACAAGCAGUCCUGCAGAAACAACUUCUGCUACUAGCAAUGUUUCUCAAGCUGAUGCGAAGCACACCACUUCCCAGCCCCCAUCUCAAGUGCAGCAUGGUUGGGGUAUUCCAGGUCGCCCUUCCAUGGCUGAAAUAGUGAAAAUGGGCAGGCCUCAACCUAAAGUUGUGAGCAGAUCGGUUGCAAGUAGCAUUGCCUUUCCAGCUGUUAGUGAUUCAGUCAUUUCCAAUACACCAAAUCAUACACCCAAGGAAUACAAUAACACUGUUUUCACAUCAGAAGUAGGCCAGGGCACAUCAGAUAUAUUACCAAAUGGUGCUAUUGAGGUGUGCUCAUUUGAUAUAUCACCUCCAGCAGAGAGAGCAGAUGUGGCAGCUCCUUCCAUGAAUACAAACGCACAAGGUUCAGCAACUCAAGAUCUCAACGAAGAUGGCAUUGAAAAAGAGACAGAUUUAGAGGAGGGUAAUGCAGAAAGUUUGACAAUUUCUGGACAAUUUUCUGCUUCUGGUAAAGAUGUACUAUCAGAACAUACUGCAAGUCCCACUCAUCUGGACAAUGGCUCAAUAGAGAAAACAGAUGACUUUCAGUCCAAAGGUCUUUCAUUUGAGCAUAACCAAAAUUCAAAUGGAGACAUGUCUACUGCAACCAAACAAUUUGACCAUUUGACUCUGCAUGAAGGGACAAAAUCGUCUGAUGAUAAUCCGGCUGUAAUAAUCCCCGAUCAUCUUCAGGUUUCAAAUGCUGAUUGUGCACACUUGACGUUUGGUAGUUUUGUGUCUGGAACACUUGAUGCAUCUGUGUCCAUAAAACCUCUCGAUAGUCAUGGGGAGGUUGCGACAGUGCCCGAUAACCAUUCAAUCGAUCAGUCAGAUGCUAGAAUCCACGAGGAUGAAAGCAAGGCGUCCGUGACACCUGCAGCUAAUGAGUAUGUUGCUUCUGCAACAAACAGCAACAUGGAGGAUCUUGAUGUUGCAUCGGUACAACAGUCUGAAGUGACAAGAUACAAUUUCAUGGAUGCCACAAACAACACCGAGUACAAUCUAUCAUCAACCUCUGAUUAUGCAACUUCAAAUGCAGUGCAGCAAGAUUCUGUUUCACACACUUAUCUACAGGAAAAUCGACAAUUGCAAAACAUUUCUCCACUCUCAAGCUUUAUGCAAAUACAAAAUGGUCUACUGCCACCAGCAAUUCCGCCUUUGCGUGAAUUUGAUCCAGCACUCUCGCUAUUGCUCACUAACCCUCCUACAAUGAUUCAUGGUACAACGUCAUCGUCCAUGAUCAACGCAACUAUUUCUACACAGCCGCAAGAGAAUGUCAAUCCAGGCGGUUUACCCAACCCUCAAUUGACUCAAUCUCAGCCAAGCACAAGCAUUACUUCAGGGCCUCCUCUCCCUCAGCAUAUUGCCCUUCAUCCUUAUGCUCAAGCGGCAACUCUUCCUCUUGGGUAUGCAAGCAUGAUUGGCUAUCCAUCUCUGCCACCAAGUUACGCAUAUAUACCGCCUGCUGCUUUUCAGCAACCAUACAUAAAUAGUGGUCUAUUCCACCAAGCAGCAGCUGCAGUUCCCAACUCCAGCAUGAAAUACCCUCUUCCACAGUACAAAAGCAACAUUGCCCUUGCUAGCUUACCACAGCCAGCAUCUAUGCUCUCAAGCUAUGUUGGAGGCUUUGGAACUGCAAACAACAUGCCUGGAAAUUUCACUCUGAACCAAAGCACAGCAUCAGCAACCACAACUCUUGGGUUCGAUGGAACGGUCUCCUCACAGUACAAAGAUGGAAAUCAGUUCAUUUCUCUUCAGCAGAGCGAGAACCCUGCAAUGUGGAUGCAUGGAGCUGGCUCACGAGCAAUGCCCCCUCUUGCAGCCAAUACCCUGUAUGGCUAUCAUGGGCAGAGUCAUCAGGCUGGCCUUCGGCAGGGCCAGCUACCUUCACAGUUUGGCACCGCGCUUGGGCAGUCACAGCCAGGCCUGGGCCCUGAACACCGAAACCCUAGUGAUAGUAACUUAAGUGCUGCUGCUCAGGCUAACCCAAUGUGGCCAAAUAGCUACUGAUCCAUCCUUCUAAACUGUCCUGAGGGCGGCGGUCCUUCUGUGUGUGCGCGACGCCGGAGAAGCCGUGCACUCGAAUAGCAACCGUGUACAUGAGGCCCGGGAGAUACAUGUUCGAGCACUGUGCUACUUGUAGCGUUUCUAGGAUGGCCUAAAAUUGUAUCUCGAUCUAUUUAUUCGUAAUCUGGUAGAAAAAGACAGUUAUUUCUAUUUAUUCUUCUUUUUGUCGUUUACAUAUCUUGUGACAGUAAACCCGAAAUAUCUAACAAAGCAGCACCAUUAUUUUUCGAGGAAGCAAAA